GUUCUGGGAGAGCUGGUUCAGCUCGGAGCCGGUCAGGAGGUCAAGCAGGGACCUGUGACCACCGUAUCUGUGUUAAAGCCCGGAGGGGCCCCCGCUCCCAAUCUGCUGCUGCCUGUGACCCAUCCUGAGAGCAGAGAGAACCCAGAGGAUGGUGAUGUUCUGAGAGCUGUAGUGAUAGACGGCAGCAACGUGGCCAUGAGCAACCGGAUCAGCGGUAGCGAACUCCCAGUUUUAAACCAGGUGAUGGAAAACUUUCCUUUCAGUUGCUUUUGAAGAUACGUCCUUACAUGUUUCCUUCAGGGAAACAAAAACAGCUGUUUCUGACACGUCUCAGGUUCAAAUCCCGGCUGCUGCCUUUCUGUGUGGAGUUAGCGUGUUCUCCUCAUGCACGUGUGGAGUUAGCAUGUUCUCAUGUAUGUGUGGAGUUAGCGUGUUCUCAUGUAUGUGUGGAGUUAGCGUGUUCUCCUCAUGCAUGUGUGGAGUUAGCAUGUUCUCAUGCAUGUGUGGAGUUAACAUGUUCUCCUCAUGCACGUGUGGAGUUAGCAUGUUCUCCUCAUGCAUGUGUGGAGUUAGCAUGUUCUCAUGUAUGUGUGGAGUUAGCGUGUUCUCAUGCAUGUGUGGAGUUAGCGUGUUCUCCUCAUGCAUGUGUGGAGUUAGCGUGUUCUCCUGCAUGUGUGGAGUUAACAUGUUCUCCUCAUGCAUGUGUGGAGUUAGCAUGUUCUCAUGUAUGUGUGGAGUUAGCGUGUUCUCAUGCAUGUGUGGAGUUAGCGUGUUCUCAUGCAUGUGUGGAGUUAACAUGUUCUCCUCAUGCACGUGUGGAGUUAGCAUGUUCUCCUCAUGCAUGUGUGGAGUUAGCAUGUUCUCAUGUAUGUGUGGAGUUAGCGUGUUCUCAUGCAUGUGUGGAGUUAGCGUGUUCUCCUCAUGCAUGUGUGGAGUUAGCGUGUUCUCCUCAUGCAUGUGUGGAGUUAGCGUGUUCUCCUCAUGCAUGUGUAGAGUUAGCGUGUUCUCCUCAUACAUGUGUGGAGUUAGCGUGUUCUCAUGUAUGUGUGGAGUUAGCGUGUUCUCAUGCAUGUGUGGAGUUAGCAUGUUCUCCUCAUGCAUGUGUGGAGUUAGCGUGUUCUCAUGCAUGUGUGGAGUUAGCAUGUUCUCAUGCAUGUGUGGAGUUAGCGUGUUCUCCUCAUGCAUGUGUGGAGUUAGCGUGUUCUCCUCAUGCAUGUGUGGAGUUAGCGUGUUCUCUUCAUGCAUGUGUGGAGUUAGCAUGUUCUCAUGUAUGUGUGGAGUUAGCGUGUUCUCAUGCAUGUGUGGAGUUAGCAUGUUCUCCUCAUGCAUGUGUGGAGUUAGCGUGUUCUCAUGCAUGUGUGGAGUUAGCGUGUUCUCAUGCAUGUGUGGAGUUAGCGUGUUCUCAUGCAUGUGUGGAGUUAGCGUGUUCUCCUCAUGCAUGUGUGGAGUUAGCAUGUUCUCAUGCAUGUGUGGAGUUAGCGUGUUCUCAUGCACGUGUGGAGUUGGUGUGUUCUCCUCAUGCAUGUGUGGAGUUAGCAUGUUCUCCUCAUGCAUGUGUGGAGUUAGCGUGUUCUCCUCAUGCAUGUGUGGAGUUAGCGUGUUCUCCUCAUGCAUGUGUGGAGUUAGCGUGUUCUCCUCAUGCAUGUGUAGAGUUAGCGUGUUCUCCUCAUGCACGUGUGGAGUUAGCGUGUUCUCAUGCACGUGUGGAGUUAGCAUGUUCUCCUCAUGCAUGUGUGGAGUUAGCAUGUUCUCAUGUAUGUGUGGAGUUAGCGUGUUCUCAUGCAUGUGUGGAGUUAGCAUGUUCUCCUCAUGCAUGUGUGGAGUUAGCGUGUUCUCAUGCAUGUGUGGAGUUAGCAUGUUCUCAUGCAUGUGUGGAGUUAGCGUGUUCUCCUCAUGCAUGUGUGGAGUUAGCGUGUUCUCCUCAUGCAUGUGUGGAGUUAGCGUGUUCUCUUCAUGCAUGUGUGGAGUUAGCAUGUUCUCAUGUAUGUGUGGAGUUAGCGUGUUCUCAUGCAUGUGUGGAGUUAGCAUGUUCUCCUCAUGCAUGUGUGGAGUUAGCGUGUUCUCAUGCAUGUGUGGAGUUAGCGUGUUCUCAUGCAUGUGUGGAGUUAGCGUGUUCUCAUGCAUGUGUGGAGUUAGCGUGUUCUCCUCAUGCAUGUGUGGAGUUAGCAUGUUCUCAUGCAUGUGUGGAGUUAGCGUGUUCUCAUGCACGUGUGGAGUUGGUGUGUUCUCCUCAUGCAUGUGUGGAGUUAGCAUGUUCUCCUCAUGCAUGUGUGGAGUUAGUGUGUUCUCCUCAUGCAUGUGUGGAGUUAGCAUGUUCUCCUCAUGCAUGUGUGGAGUUAGCAUGUUCUCCUCAUGCAUGUGUGGAGUUAGCAUGUUCUCCUCAUGCAUGUGUGGAGUUAGCAUGUUCUCCUCAUGCAUGUGUGGAGUUAGCAUGUUCUCAUGCAUGUGUGGAGUUAGCAUGUUCUCCUCAUGCAUGUGUGGAGUUGGUGUGUUCUCCUCAUGCACGUGUGGAGUUAGCAUGUUCUCAUGCAUGUGUGGAGUUGGCGUGUUCUCCUCAUACAUGUGUGGAGUUAGCAUGUUCUCAUGCAUGUGUGGAGUUAGCAUGUUCUCAUGCAUGUGUGGAGUUAGCGUGUUCUCCUCAUGCAUGUGUGGAGUUAGCGUGUUCUCCUCAUGCAUGUGUGGAGUUAGCGUGUUCUCCUCAUGCACGUGUGGAGUUAGCGUGUUCUCCUCAUGCAUGUGUGGAGUUAGCGUGUUCUCCUCAUGCACGUGUGGAGUUAGCAUGUUCUCCUCAUGCAUGUGUGGAGUUAGCAUGUUCUCAUGCAUGUGUAGAGUUAGCGUGUUCUCCUCAUGCACGUGUGGAGUUAGCAUGUUCUCCUCAUGCAUGUGUGGAGUUAGCAUGUUCUCAUGCAUGUGUAGAGUUAGUGUGUUCUCCUCAUGCACGUGUGGAGUUAGCGUGUUCUUCUCAUGCACGUGUGGAGUUAGCGUGUUCUCCUCAUGCACGUGUGGAGUUAGCGUGUUCUCCUCAUGCAUGUGUGGAGUUAGCGUGUUCUCCUCAUGCACGUGUGGAGUUAGCGUGUUCUCCUCCUGCACGUGUGGAGUUAGCAUGUUCUCAUGCACGUGUGGAGUUAGCGUGUUCUCCUCCUGCACGUGUGGAGUUAGCGUGUUCUCAGGCUUCCUCCCAUGAACAAAAAAGAUUAUUUACAAGCUGUAAACUGUCCCUAUAUGUGAGUUUUUGUGAUGGACUGGAGACAUGUCCAUGCUGCCCUUGUCUGUCACUCGAUGAUUGUUGGUGGUAGGCAGCAGCUGCCUGAGAGCAUACUGAGGAAUACGAAGGGUGAGUGAAUGAAUCCAGUGUUCCUCACUCCUGAUGACUAGGAUGUCUGCUGUGCACAUCGUCUCUGUGGCAGAAGAAGAAGAAAAGAUCAUUUCUAUAGCGCCUCUCAAGAUAAAAACCACGAGGUGCUUCACAAAAACAAAAAAUGUACAACUAUAAAAAAUAAAUUAGAAAAUGGUUAAAAAUAUAUUUAAAAUGAGCAACAAUAGACAAUUAUGAUUAAACAAAGUUAAGAAAGAGAGAGAGUGAACAGGAAGGAGGGAAACCAGUGGAUCCUGAGGAAGGUGGAAUAGGUGGGGAGAGCAGAAUAAAGAGAGAGAGGUGAAGAAGGUCAUACAAAAGCCAGCUUGAACAAGUGAGUCUUCAGCUGCUUUUUAAAGGAGACCACUGAGUCCACUGAUCUCAGGCUCAGAGGGAGAGAGGUCCAGAGUCUGGGGGCCACAGCAGCAGAUGAUCUGUCACCUUUGACCUUUAGCCUGGUGCUGCACAACCAGUAGGCUUUGGUCACUGGACCUCAGGGACCUGCUGGGGGUGUAGGGACUAAGAAGAUCACCAAUGUAAGAUGGUGCUUGUCCAUGUAAGGCCCUAUAGACCAGAACCAGGAUCUUGAAAUGAACCCUGAAAUUGACUGGCAGCCAGUGAAGCUGGAGGAGAAGCGGGGUGAUGUGGGUGUGUUUGGAGGACUUGGUCAGAAGCCGAGCACAGGCGUUCUGAACCACCUGUAGACGGUUCAGGGAGGUUCUGCUCAGACACGUGAAAAGAGAGUUACAGUAGUCUAAGCGUGAGGAGAUGAAGGUGUGGAGAACUGUCUCAAGUUCAGAGCGGGACAGAAUGGGACUCAGCUUAGCAACGUUCCUGAGAUGGAAGAAGGAAGAGCCAACAAGAGAACUGACAUGAGAAUCCAGGGUGAGAGCUGGGUCAAAGGUCACGCCAAGAUUCCUGACAGAAGGUUUGGUGUGAGAAGCAAGCUGACCAAGAGAGUCUCUGACUUUGGGAACCAGCUUGUCUGGGGCACAGAUGAGGAUCUCAGUCUUAUCUUCAUUCAGCUGAAGAAAGCUCCCACCAUCCAGGUUCUGAUAGAGUCCAAGCAGGUGUGUAACAGCUGCAGCUUAGACAUCUCAUGGGGCUUAAAGGAGAUGUACAGUUGGAUGUCAUCUGCAUAAAGAUAGUAGGAGAUUCCUUUGAAGGAGCUCAGGAUGUGCUGAAGAGGAAGCAGAUAGAGGAGGAAGAGCGGGAGCCUUCAGUCCUGCAUGCCGAGACACGUUUGAGCUGUAAUAUGCAAAUCUGAGCUCACCCAGUAAGUCUGAGUUUUGUGUACCUGACCAGCGACCGGUCCAACAGCAUUCGUUCUCAUCUCCAUCAGAAAGCCCCGCAGGCUCAGAGCAGACUGAUCCGGAGUUUCCUCGUUGAGCUGCGAUAAGGAAUAUCAGGAGGGAAUUUGACUCAGUGGGAGUCAUAGCAUAGCAUAGUUUAUUUAUAAAGCACGUUUAAAACGCAGCAUGGGAGCUGCCCAACUCCAACGGGCAGUUCCACAGCUUUGGGGCAGCAUGCACAAACGCUCGAUCCCCCGCGAUUUGAGUCUCGUCCAGGGCGUGUGCAGCAGCAAAAGGUCAGCCGACCUCAACGUGCGCGUGGGCACAUAUGGAGUGAGAAGGGCAGAGAGGUAGGGAGGUUUUAUUGAAACAAACUAAAAUCCAGUUUUUGAAACUGUGGCAGGAAGUUUGUUUCCUUCUCAGGUUUCUAAGAUCUCACAGAUCGACUCUUCUUCAGGCUUUUAACUCAACUGUAAGUUCCUACUGGAGCAGAUUUGGAGAGAAGCAGACGGUGUCUAGUUAGGGUUAGACUACAUAUUCAGUGAAACGAUCAAUAAGAUGUGAUGUUCCUUAUAAAUGUGAAUCUGAUGGUCUCUGAUACCUUUAGGUUCCUGGACUAACACACACUUCAUAUUACUCCAGACAGAGUCACGUAUGUAGUCUUCCUAAACGAGUGGUCACACAGCACACGGUAUCACGUAUGUAGUCUUCCUAAACGAGUGAUCACACACAGCACACGGUAUCACGUAUGUAGUCUUCCUAAACGAGUGGUCACACAGCACACGGUAUCACGUAUGUAGUCUUCCUAAACGAGUGAUCACACACAGCACACGGUAUCACGUAUGUAGUCUUCCUAAACGAGUGAUCACACACAGCACACGGUAUCACGUAUGUAGUCUUCCUAAACGAGUGGUCACACACAGCACACGGUAUCACGUAUGUAGUCUUCCUAAACGAGUGGUCACACAGCACACGGUAUCACGUAUGUAGUCUUCCUAAACGAGUGAUCACACACAGCACACGGUAUCACGUAUGUAGUCUUCCUAAACGAGUGAUCACACACAGCACACGGUAUCACGUAUGUAGUCUUCCUAAACGAGUGGUCACACACAGCACACGGUAUCACGUAUGUAGUCUUCCUAAACGAGUGGUCACACACAGCACACGGUAUCACGUAUGUAGUCUUCCUAAACGAGUGAUCACACACAGCACACGGUAUCACGUAUGUAGUCUUCCUAAACGAGUGGUCACACACAGCACACGGUAUCACGUAUGUAGUCUUCCUAAACGAGUGGUCACACACAGCACACGGUAUCACGUAUGUAGUCUUCCUAAACGAGUGGUCACACAGCACACGGUAUCACGUAUGCAGUCUUCCUAAACGAGUGAUCACACACAGCACACGGUAUCACGUAUGUAGUCUUCCUAAACGAGUGAUCACACACAGCGUACGGUAUCACGUAUGUAGUCUUCCUAAACGAGUGGUCACACACAGCACACGGUAUCACGUAUGUAGUCUUCCUAAACGAGUGAUCACACACAGCACACGGUAUCACGUAUGUAGUCUUCCUAAACGAGUGGUCACACACAGCACACGGUAUCACGUAUGUAGUCUUCCUAAACGAGUGGUCACACAGCACACGGUAUCACGUAUGUAGUCUUCCUAAACGAGUGGUCACACACAGCACACGGUAUCACGUAUGUAGUCUUCCUAAACGAGUGGUCACACAGCACACGGUAUCACGUAUGUAGUCUUCCUAAACGAGUGAUCACACACAGCACACGGUAUCACGUAUGUAGUCUUCCUAAACGAGUGGUCACACACAGCACACAGUAUCACAUAUGUAGUCUUCCUAAACGAGUGGUCACACACAGCACACGGUAUCACGUAUGUAGUCUUCCUAAACGAGUGGUCACACAGCACACGGUAUCACGUAUGUAGUCUUCCUAAACGAGUGGUCACACACAGCACACGGUAUCACGUAUGUAGUCUUCCUAAACGAGUGGUCACACACAGCACACGGUAUCACGUAUGUAGUCUUCCUAAACGAGUGGUCACACACAGCACACGGUAUCACGUAUGUAGUCUUCCUAAACGAGUGGUCACACAGCACACGGUAUCACGUAUGUAGUCUUCCUAAACGAGUGGUCACACACAGCACACGGUAUCACGUAUGUAGUCUUCCUAAACGAGUGGUCACACACAGCACACGGUAUCACGUAUGUAGUUUUCCUAAACGAGUGGUCACACAGCACACGGUAUCACGUAUGUAGUCUUCCUAAACGAGUGGUCACACACAGCACACGGUAUCACGUAUGUAGUCUUCCU